UUGUAGCUGCCAUGUUUGGCUGCUUUGUUGUAGAUUCCUUGUAGGUCUCCUGCAGAUUUUAGCCUAAGUCUUGCAAUGGAGCCGAGCUGGAGUACGUUUUUAUUUCAGCAGGCCAAUGAGGCUCUGCAUCACCAGCACCAAGUAGCCGGAAACAGCCUCUUGCCUUUGCUCAAUUCUGGAACGGAGCCACCUGAUCAGAAACCAGUGCUGCCCAUUCCUUUGGACCAGAAACCCCCUGUCAGUGCUGCAGAACUUCUUAAAGACAAUGUGGCCAGUGGGACUGGAGGAGGUGGUGGUGGGCCUCCACUUACCAUGGUCAAAAAGGAGCCCAAGUCAAAGACGCCCUUCAUCUGCGGCUACUGCAACAAGGCUUUCCGAGACAGCUACCACCUGCGGCGGCACGAGUCCUGCCACACCGGCAUCAAGAUGGUUUCACGGCCAAAGAAGACUCAAACAGCCCCCACCAUGGUGCCGCUUAUAUCCACUGUACCACGUGAAAAUAGCGGAAACCCUUCAUAUAUUACUACUGUAGCUGGUAUCUUGACUACAGCCACCACGUCAACAGCCACAGGUACAAGCAUCAUGACCCCAAUGCAACACCAACAGCAGCAGAGCAUCCCUAAAAAGCCCCCCAAGCCAGUGAAAAAGAAUCACGGUUGCGACAUGUGUGGUAAAGCCUUCAGAGAUGUAUAUCACCUCAACCGCCACAAGCUGUCGCACUCUGAUGAGAAGCCGUUUGAGUGUCCCAUCUGCCAGCAGAGGUUCAAGAGGAAGGACCGCAUGACAUACCAUGUCCGCUCCCAUGAUGGAGGAGUUCACAAGCCUUACAUCUGUUCUGUCUGUGGGAAGGGCUUCUCCAGACCUGAUCACCUAAGCUGUCAUGUCAAGCAUGUCCAUUCCUCAGAGAGGCCAUUCAAGUGCCAAGUAACAGCUUGUACCUCCGCCUUCGCUACCAAAGACCGUCUGCGCUCCCACAUGAUCAGGCACGAAGGCAAAGUGACCUGCAACAUCUGUGGCAAAAUGCUAAGUGCUGCCUAUAUCACAAGUCACCUCAAGACACAUGGCCAGGCCAGCUUCAGCAACCCAUGUAACAAUAAAGGCAUAAGUGACUGGCAGUGGAACCACUCAGGGCCACGAAAAGGUGAGUUGACAGUAGGAGAGAUUUUAAAUAACUCCUUCCAAGUCCUAAUUGACAACUCUCACAAAGAUGCCAACAGUGUGCACAACAACUCAGCCACCACAACGCCGGUCAGCAACUCGGCAGCCAUUACUUCAUCUUUGAACCGGGUCGGCCAUUCCAGCAACCCAAUCACCAUCGCUGCGCAGAUGAACAUCGCCACCAGCACGGUCAACAUCACGUCACCAAUCAACCUACAGCACCCUGUUACCAUUACCGGCCCAGUGAACCUGGCCUCUGUCAACAUACCGACAACAGCACACAUGAAUAUUGCCCACCCAGUUGCUAUCACCUCUCCCAUGUCUAUGAAUAUCACCGGGCCACUCAACAUUGCCAUGCGGCCCAUGGAGAGCAUGCCUUUUCUAUCCCAAGUCCUGCCUUCCUCCCCUCCUUGGUAGAGCUGUGUUAGCCCAUGUAACAGCAGAUAAUGUUUGAACUGCCCAAUAAUACAUCAGCCUGUCAAAUUUAUGAAAUGUCUCUCAAAAUGGUUGAUAGUGCAUUUAAUUUAAAAAGGGGAUAAUGAAUGUUAUACGACCACAAAAAUAGUAAACAAUGAUCAUUACUGGCAGGAGCCAUUAUCAUGGCAAAUGUUUGCAGUUUUCAUGUAAUAACGGGAUUUUUAUGUGGUGAGGUGGAAAUGAUUUUCAGCACCAGGUGUGAUGGCCUCCACUCUCCAAAGUCAACUUGUCACACUCGGAUAGACAUUAAAUUUCGUACCUCUUGACUGCCUGAAUGACCUGAAUGGUGUCAAAGGCCGCAGAGCAUUUUAGAGAACGUAUUUCAUAUGUCAGCAUAACAUGACCUCAUGGGAUACAGUUACUGUGUAAAUAAUGACAAUUUUAUACCAAAGAUUUUCUAACUAUAGGGUUUCCACCAAAUUAUAUAUUUUGAAAGAUUACUAGAAAACCUUUAAACAGCAUUUAAACCAUCAAGGAACAAAAAGUUUUCUUUAGAAAGUGUAAUGAACCUGGUGAGCUGUCUCAUCUGCUCUGGAACUGUGAGAGGAGGGGUGACAUGGGGAGCCUAUGUUUCUAAAAAAUGUUACAGUAGCAGCCAACAUGUUCAAAUGUUGCGUCUUUCCCGAGACUCAUGUACAGUAUGUUGCAAUAAUAAUGCUACUUAUUGCAGCAUUUCAGUAUGUGAUAUGUUUAUAAAUGUUUACCUGCUUGCAUUACUGGCAAUUGAUCGUGAACUUCAUAACACUUCAAAACCAAAAGUGCAUUUUCUUACACUUUGACAUGGUUAGUUGGGCAGUUCAUACAUUUUCAGCUGCUGCAUUUUCACCUAUGUUUUGCUUCUUUUUAUCCCUUGCUCUCCCCUUUCUACAAACGUGGGCAGUUUGUGUUACUAUGAUAGUUGACAGUUAGCUGGCUCACUGCAGCAGUGAUGGCAGUUAACACAAUAUAUGCUGUGAGAGUCUAACCCUCUGAGGGUGUUUUUGCACCUAUACUUUUCAGUCUGGUUUAAUCGGACUCCUGGCGCGAUUUGUUUGGACAGGUGUGAACACGCUGAUCACACCAAAUCUACCCCACCAAGACCCUUGAAAGGGGGUCGAUUUAGUCUGGUCCCAAACAAAUUCUGGAGCGGUAUGUUUGUGGUGGAAAUGUGGUCCGACCUGGGUCUGUGAGCUUUGCAUUUUGGAAUGCCGCGCACAAACUGUAGCAGCUUGUGUAGUAAUGGUAGUAACAGCAAAUCGGUCUUACUUGGACCAGCGAUUAGCAACAAGAAACCUCCCAACAGUCUUACUUUUUUGCCCCCAAAACAUCUGACCAGUAGGUGGAAAGAAUUUGUCGUUUGUAGUGAUGCAUUUUGGCUCAAAAUUUUCUGUGUGAAUAGAAAACGAACAAAGGAAAAUGAGCCAACUUCACAAACUCACCAACCGAAUCGGACCAAAGCAAACAAACUAUAGGUGUGAAAAUGCCCUCUGAGCCCUUUCCCCACAAUUCUUUAACUAUUCUUCAGCCACUGAAGUGUCGGGUCUUGUAAAAAUGACCAGUUGAAAUUGAUUUCUUCAACUGGCCAUCUGACUUAAAACAUGGAUGACGUGUGAUAACUUAACUAUACCUGAGGCAUUGUUUAGCAACUGCGUCAAUGGAAUCGAUUGCCAGAGUUGUUCUGAAUUGCUUCCUCUUGAGGCAUAUUUUUUCAUGUUCAUGUUUUUUCCUAUUGUUAUUUUAGUGGACUUAUCAGUAUUUAAUAGUUAAUGUAUUUUAAAGUUUAACAACAGAAAAACAAAGCUUCCACUUUGGGGAAGGGUGAGUGAUAUUGUGGAUUUCACUGUUGGUUCAAAGGCUGGUUAGAUCCAUCAGCUUCUACCAUGUCUGUAUUUUGAAAUAUUUGGAAACCAGUCACUCCUCACUGCUGGAUAUUCUACAUAAGUUUAUCUGUGACAUUUGUUAGGACUUUUUUUAUGUAUUUAUAUCAGGACAUGACAGUUGAAGGUACAACUAGGAGGAAGUGUCUCGUACUGAAAGCACGUCCUCUUGUGUUGCCCUUAAAAUCGCAGUAUUAUCAAACGUCAAAUGAUUUGAAAUUUUGAUUACUGUGGACCUUUUGUAACUGUAGAGGUCAGAAGAGCUACACGGUGGCUCAUGAGACUUGUGUGCUACGGAAGCAUUUCCAAAGUCAACUAUUUUGGUAUGUUUGUUUGGGUAGGUUGUUUACUUUAGCAGGUAUAGGAUCCCAUCACUGUCAGUCAAACUCAGGGGGGUUACUGAGAAUAGUCUUUUAAACCAUGUUCAACAAUUUACACACUGACCAUUUCUUUGUAAAUAUGAAACACUAUUUUAUUGCCUUUUACCUGUGAGAGAGUGAACCUCUCGACUUACCACAGGCUAGCAAUGCAAGAACUAAUUCACCACUGGUGUGGCCGUCCAUCCUGGAGGGGACAGAGAAAUGAGCAGAGGCUAAUGAAAGGAUAAGAAAGGUGACAGUUUCUUUUGAUAAUAAGCAAAUUGCAUUAAAGGCCAAAAACCAACAAUUAACAUGCCAACAAGUACCAUCUGUUGAAGGCUACAGCUUGAUAUACAGGAGCUUGUGCUUCCACUAUCACACAAUUCCAUUGUUGUCCAAAAACUAUUAAAACGAAUGAAGGAGCUUUACUGUUUAGUUGAGAUAAACACAGGCCCUGUCCAGACCUGGUAUCAUCACCUGUUUCAGGUGAUCUGUUUGCGCAGCACAUUUGGGGAAGUGUGGGACAUGUGCCCACAUUCCUAUAGUGACAACAGACCUGCCUGUAGACCCACACUGACUAAAAACAACAUAAUUUGGUCUUUAUAAACAAAUGUAUGAUCACAACUGGACAUGCAUUUUAAUGCCAGGUAUGAACUGAUGAAAUCAGAGUUAAACACACUAGCUUGGAUCACCAGAGACAGUUAUAACCAGGUCUGAACAGGUUCUCAGUGUUAUUCUUGCCAAACUAACAAAGCAGCAGAAACACAGAUAUUUGCAAGUGCAUGUCAUCUGCUUUAUGUAGUGCUUCGCCUCUAAAGAUGAAUUCUUGUUGAAAACAUACUGAUAGUUUUACAUGUCACAAGCAUGGCUCUUGUAUAUUUGUUCAUUUUUCUCCUAUGGUACAGUUAAGCCUUGUCAGGCUGUAGCUACACAGAUCCAACUUUUCAGCAUGCUGAACUCAUUGUUGGUUAGAGCCUCUUCAGGGAAAGUGUCAGUUAUAAAGAGGUGAGGUAAUUUCAGACUUGUCCUUUUUAAUCUGAAUUCUCUGUAGAUCUCACUUGCAUAGCGCAUUGUUUAUUUGUCGUAGUUAUUUUAUGUUUUUUCUUUUUUAUCCUGGCAGUUGAUCUUAACAGGAAAAUGGAGGCUGUGAUCACAAAGAAUGUAUUCAAAGCUCAGGUGUACCUGAAAGAGCAAAAGUGUAGGAGUGUUAUCCAUGUAGCCAAGAUACAGAUUGGUUGAUAACCUGGGUGUGAUGAUUGAACAUCAUCUGUUGAACCACUGAACUAUUCAGUGGAGACAACAGAGGACACCAGAACACAGGACCCCUCAUCCAAACACCUCUCACUGGGAUCUUGGAGACAUUGGGCAGGUUAGCUGAUUGGUGAUUUUUCAGUCCUAGAACAUCAUGACAGUGGCACACAAAGACAAAUACCAAAAGACCAAGCUACCUGGUCCAGUGACUCUUGAUCAGGGCUGACAGGUCUAAUUUAUCCUGAUCCCUGUUGUAUGUCGUAAUGGUCGUAUUGGGAUGUGGCGCAAACAUAUGAGGUUGCCAUUUGAUUCCAGAGCGGAGCUGAACACAACAGCAGAUGAAGGUCUUCCAGCCGCCUCCUCACUUCAACCCACAGCUUUAUCUCUCAAAGAGACCUUUUUUUGGUGUGUCUGUAGUGACGAGGCCAUGAACGGAAUUGAGCAUGUGCAAUCACAUACUCGAUCAGUCACUGAGAGACGUGGGUCUGAUUAUUGGAUAGGUUGUUUUUGAAAGUUGCACAAAUUGUCUUAUACAGCCCCUCGAAUUCCAACUUGAAAUGAGGAGUUGUCAGAUUUUGUUACAUGAGCUGAUUCAUCUGAGUUUAGCUUGUGAAGAAGUGGAAUCAUUAAAAUAAUAAAAAAAACACCUGUUAAUGGAGGAGAGAAAUAGGUCAGAAUGAUGAUGUGAGGGCUGCGAUGUGUCAUUCACAAUUACUAGAAACACGUGGUGCACUUCACUUGAAUACUUGGUUGUGCUUUUCAUGGACAGUGACUGAACAAAGGCCUGGACAUGUUCACAGGUGUCUUGUGAUCUCAGCCUCAACAGUUCCUCCUACACCAGACUCACAAACUGUCCCACAGUUCCCUGUGUGUGUGUGUGUGUGUGUGUGUGUGUGUGUGUGUGUGUGUGUGUGUGUGUGUGUGUGUGUGUGUGUGUGUGUGUGUGUGUGUGUGUGUGUGUGUGUGUGUGUGUGUGUGUGUGUGUGAGAGAGAGAGAGAGAGACCGAGAUAAUUAGUUUGUAGAUCUGAGGCCUGUUUGUAGUUGACAGCCUUUUUUCAGUGCAGGAACUCUGAAGCACUUGCAGCAAACUGUGGGAUGUGCACACUACAGAAGAGUGGUACUUAUCAAGGGCAUUUCAGUUUAAUGGGAUAAGACGAUGAUUUGUUUGUUUUACAGUUCACCCGGCCACAUCUGCAUUUUGUUUUGGCUCAAUAAUUUAGCCGUAUGCAUGCCAACUCUGUCCAUCAAGGGAAAUGCUCUGAUGUGGAAUGGCAUUAUGAUCUUUGAAACCAUUUCAUGAACCAUCUUUGUUUUGUUUUUUUUAUCCAAUGUUGCAUGUGGAUGACUGAGCUAGUCCAGAGUAGGUUUGAGUUCAAAAACCAUAUUAGAAGACUAGUGACUUAAUGAAAACAAAACACUAAAAAAAUUAGGAUGAAAGGAAGUGUGUGGCGUCAUUUGUCCUUCUCCAGUGGCCGUAAACAUGUGUGCCUGAAAUACUUUGCAAGACUUUUCCUCAUGUCAAUGCUUCCUCCUCUAGAUGUGCUGUGUGAUGGAACAGUUUUGUGAAGGAAGCCUUCAUCAUUUUAGACAGCUGAGGGCCACGGUCUGGCAACCAAACAAUAUUGUGAUUAGCUUUUUGUUUUUAUUAUUAUGUUUAAACCUAAUGAUUGUGACGUUAUCAUAUUCUCUUUAAGAACAACCUUGAAACAUGAAUUGCAAUCUUAAAGUCGAGGUCAUAAAUGUAUCAGUUACAUUCAACCAUGUGGUUUAAGUUUUUAAUUUGACUCCAACCUAAUGUGAAAAGCAAACCAUUUAUUGGCCAAACUAUGAUUUGGAAGAUGAUUCUUAUUUUCUGUGAAGUUUGUAUGAUGAAUUUGGCAGAUGUGAAGGCAAAUGAAUGUAUAUCUUUGUACAAACCAUUUAGUUCAGAGGACAUGUUAGUUAUGACAGACAUGCAAGAAAAAAAUAACCUUUUAUAAAUCUUUUUGUAUUAGAACAUUAACAAUGGUAAUUUUGUAUAUACGAAGGCUAGGCUUUCUGAUUAGCAGAAAGGUAAAACAUUCCUACAUUUUUUUUAAAUGUAUGUCCAUUGAGAAUAAUUAUGUAAACAUAUGCGCAAUGUUUUAUGUGCCUUUUAUUUGGGUUUGUCUAAAUAAAAGAAAACAAAACAUGA